AGAAGAUUAGCAUGGCCCCUGCGCAAGGAUGACACGCAAAAUCGUGAAGCGUUCCACAUUUUUUUUUACAUUUUCACUAUUAUUUGUUAUGAAUAUGUGCGGGUGUGCCUUGAAACAAACGUAAACUUCCGAAGCAGAAAACGCUCUUCGGCGGCGUGCACUUACCGUAGACUUAUGUUAUUUAUUUCAUGUUUACAUGAAUUCAGCAUUUAUAGCUGUUCCCAGAGCACUGGCUCGAGUCAAACGAAAUACCGCUGGAGAAUCAUCUGUGCACACGGGAGAGAACACAUAUGCAUGCACACGGUACACACGCCGAGAACCGGUCAGCGGGCGGGACGCGCAUACCAGAGCCUUUUCUCAUUUUUCUGUUUCUUUUUUGCGGCUGAAUGGUGCUGCGCCAUUGGUCGAUAGCCUUGAACAGCGCGAAGUUUGCAAACUUCGAAACGGUCGUGCUCUGCGCGCAUUUGACGCCUGUUUGACGCGUCGUAACUAGGCGUGCCGGAACCACAAGUCCGAACCUUGCUGCGCGACCCACGAUAUGCAAAGGAGAGAAAACAUCGCAUCUCCAGCCGCGGCUACCGGCCAUCGUCUUUCGAACUGUCGCACGCCACCGGAUCGCCAGCCGACCACGCCGUCCCCCACUGCUCACGAUGCCCGUCGAGAACGGCUCAGCAGGUUAGACGCCACUCGCAAAGCUCUGCUUCUUCGCCAAUGUGUCAGCGGGCGUGCGAGGAACGCAUUGACGCCACGUUACGAUUUGCGACGACGUGUUCUCGAGACGAACCUCGUUCGCGAGUCGAAGUGCCAAACGGCGCAGCAGCCCGGCGACCCGGUGCUUUCGGCGGCGCCCGAACCCCGGCAGCCUACGCCUCCGAGGAGCUUCAGGCGAUGGGGCUACUGCGACGCGGCGCAAGCGAGAAGUCGACUCGAGUGCCGCGCUCGAACGCCGCAGCGCUCGCCAGUGUCAACCGAGAGACCUCAGCCCAGCUGCUGGGCACGACCUCAGCUGGCCGCGAAGUUGAGUCCGCUCAACCCGACGCGAUGCGGCGCCAAGUCGUCCCCUCGCAAGUUGGGAUCGCCGAGAAACUUCGCUAUCGUCAGCGCGGCGGCGAUCAAGAAAAGACUGCGUCGCAGUUGGUCCUACCGCGAAGCGAUCGCCGGCGACGCGCCGGCCGACGAGCAGCAAGACGUGCAGGCGCCCCCCAAGCGGUUGAAGACGGAUUCGCUAGAUUCGCCCGCGGAAGCAGCAGCGACGAACACGCGACCCGUGCUGUCGAAGCGGCCAUGCAGAGUGCAACACGGAAAACCGUUCGCGAUACCAACGCCACCCGCGAUAACUCCUUCGUCGACGCCGCGUAGCAUCUUAUCUUCGCAGCCGCAGCAGGUUGCUCGAAGCGCGAUAACUUCACACACGGCGUCGCCCACAGCGGGCCGUUGCGUAAGCUGUCCUGGAACCUUGGCUACACCUAGCGCGAGAACUCCUACAGCCCCACACGCGACGUGGACUCUCUCUCCACUUUGUCAUAAUGGGCAAGGCGGGAUAAUUACACCAACUGUCUCACCCUACCACCAACACCUUCAAGUGAUCAAGCCACUUUCGCCGCCAGUGGUGUCGCAGGGCACGCAGACGUCGCCGAAGAGGCUGCGGCGAAGGUCAUCGCUCAAGCGUGCCUUCGAGCGAUUGCUCAGCAGUGGCAAGGAAAACGAGGCAAACGCAUCGCAGCAGUCUGCGUCAAAGAACGCGAAAGCGAAGGUCAAGAGACGACCGUCUCUCGUGGAGUCUCUUCUGUUCAGGCGUAGCAGCAACGAUAAUGACACCCAAAGCAAGCCCGGUAGGCGUUCUACCGACUAUGCGGGAGCAUCAAAAAACAUUGUUGGGUCGAGUCCACGUAGGAACAAACCUCGCCGAGCACACAGCCUGCAAUUGAAGGCACCAGAGUUUGACCCAUGGGGAUAGAUACUGCUUGAUCAUCCCAGCAAUCUCGUACAGUGGACAUACUACCACGGCUGCUGCUGAAUGUAUUGCAGCUGAAUGUAUUGCUGAAUGUAUUGCAGCUCUCCGUGCCAACCCAAAGGUUGGCACGGAGAGCUGUUGAGUAGUUUUUUCUUAAUGGUUACUCAUUUCUGUACAUCACUGGCAGUUAGAUUUUCUGACAUGUGCUUGGGCUUUAUAAUGCAGGGCCACAAUCAAGCACAGCAUUUCAUGCAUUAAAUGUUUGUCAUACUGUAGGCCAAGUAAGAAAUGGCUAAAUGUGAUAUGUCAUAAGUGUGAUGACAUAUAAUUGUCAUCACUGUGCCUUAAAGCUUUUUAUUUUUUCUUUGCAAAAAUUACAAUCAAAAGAAGUUGGUAUUAAAACUGAAACGGCACUCAAUAAUGAUAAAUUGAAGUUGUAUUUGUGUGCCAGCAAGACAUAGUGAUAGGCUAUCUUCGAGAACUAUUUUGUUACAGCUGCGUUUGACAAAGUGUGCAAUAGUGUGUCUGGUUGUACUUCUUUCUUGAAAUGGGGUGAAUUCUAAGUUGCUUUAGCUCUUUGUUUCAGUUCCUAUGCUGUGUCUGUUCACUGUGUCUGUUCAAUGCUUCUGACAAGAGCAUGACAAGAAGUUCCUUGCCAUUGCUUGAACAGUUAGGUUACGUCAUUAUAUAAAAGUAGCAGCUAAGUGAUGACCUUGCUGCAAAGCCAAUUCUUUUGCCAAACAAAGGCAUGUUAAUCAAAUGACUGUGGCUUUUACUCAUUUUACUUGUAAUAAACAUGUUUCCGUUGCAAA